AUGGGCCAGCGCUACUCGGCGCCCAGGAACGGCACAAAACUCCGCGUCAUCGGCGCCGGCCUCCCCCGGACCGGCACCGCGUCCUUUACACGCGCCCUGGAGAUACUCCUCGGCGGCCCCGUCUACCACGGCGGCACCCAGGUCACGCUGGGCCCGGAGGCGGAGAUCAGGGGCUGGAUCAGCCUGCUCUCGCAGUGGCCGGCCAAGGACGAGGGCGCGCAGCAGAGCAUCCUCCGUCUGCUGCGGGAGCGCACGCUGGGCUACGCGGCCGUCACGGACUCGCCCGGCUGCGGCCUGGUGCCGGAGCUGAUGCAGCUGUACCCAGACGCCGUGGUCAUCUGCACCGUCCGCGACGCCGCGUCGUGGGAGAAGAGCAUGGCGGGCGUGGCCAGCGCCUCGACCAAGUGGUUCCUGCGCGUCGUGCUGCUUCCGGUGCCGUCCAUGCGCUAUUUCGUCGACUACAUCAACGGCCUGCGCGACGCCUGGUACUGCGCGUACGGCGAGACCGAACCGCCGACACGCCAGUCGUGGGAGCGCCACAUGCAGUGGUUAAAGGAGACUGUGCCCGCCGAGCGGCUCGUCUUCUUCGACGUCAGGGACGGGUGGGAGCCGUUGUGCAAGGCGCUGGACCUGCCCGUGCCCGUGGGUGUGCCGUUUCCGCAGAUCAACGACGGCAAGGCCAUCGAGGAGUUUGCGACGAAGCAAAUCACGAGGGGACUGGUCAGAUGGGCUGCGAUAGCCGGCGCGGUGUCCGUUCUUGGAAUUGUUGCUGCAAAGCUGUGUUGA